AGCUGUCACGAUCGCCAGCUAGAAUUGGACCUGUAGCUUGUUCCAUUGGCCCAACGGCUCCCGUUCGACGACCCAUCUCAGCUUCCUCGUCUCUUGCCCGAGCCAUGGCAUCCUCGGUCGCAUGACCGCCCCCCUAUUUCGAGAUGCCGUCCACGAAACCCCACGCCGGAAGCGCAUCCUCGCCCUUCAAUCAGAAGUUGAAAAGUUUCUUCCGAAUCCAAGGCGGCGCGGCCCGGGACACAGCCAGGGAUAAAACCUCGCCGCAUGGCGGCGUCAACAGUUGUAAUUCCAGCCUCAACACCCAGAACGGCAACACCAGCGGCAGCAAGCCCGACUUCAAAUCCAUCCGCAAUACCAGUUUCUUCAAGACCACCGUCGGCCGUCUGAGGUCCACGACUACCCUCAGCGAGGGCAAUCCCCUCGAUGAGACCCUCAGCCCUACCGCCCACGCCAAUCCCUACUUCGCCCAUCAGGGACAGCCUGGCCUACGCCAUCACAAUGACGGCUCCGUGCCUCCUAGCCCGCCCGACACCCCCAGUCUCAUCAUCGCCAAACCCGGCUCAGCCAGCAAUUGUGCCGAUCCGAGUCAGCAACCCACAAAUGCCACCCGCGAGGAGUUAGCCAGGAAGCUUAGGAGAGUCGCCAGCGCUCCCAACGCCCAAGGCCUCUUUUCCAAGGGCAAAGGCGCCGCCGAACGCCCUGCCACUGCUGAGCUCGGCAAGGAUCCCCUCGUCGUGGACAAGAAUUCCGGUACCCUCGAGCUUGUCGGUUCAUCCGGUGCUGCCGCCUCCUCCACGACUGCCGGCCGUACGGCCACCUCGUCGUCCACCGCCUCGGCUCUUCAAACUCAUCCCGACCAUGACAUCCUCACCACACUGCCUCCACCCGUCCCCAAUCCCCUCGCUUUCCGGAGGACCUACAGCUCGAAUUCGAUCAAAGUUCGCAACGUCGAGGUUGGACCCGAGAGCUUCGAUAAAAUAAAGCUCAUCGGUAAAGGCGAUGUCGGCAAGGUCUACCUCGUACGGGAGAAGAAGAGCGCCCGCCUCUAUGCUAUGAAGGUUCUUAGCAAGAAAGAGAUGAUCAAACGAAACAAGAUCAAGAGAGCCCUCGCCGAACAGGAAAUCCUAGCCACGAGCAACCACCCUUUCAUCGUCACACUGUAUCAUUCCUUCCAGUCGGAAGACUACCUCUACCUGUGCAUGGAGUACUGCAGCGGUGGCGAGUUCUUCCGCGCUCUCCAAACCCGGCCUGGGAAGUGCAUCCCCGAAGACGAUGCCCGGUUUUACGCCGCUGAGGUCACCGCGGCCCUUGAGUACUUGCACCUCAUGGGCUUCAUCUACCGGGACCUCAAACCCGAAAAUAUUCUCCUCCAUCAGUCCGGUCAUAUCAUGCUUUCGGACUUCGAUCUCUCCAAGCAGUCAGAUCCGGGCGGAAAGCCAACCAUGAUCGUCGGCAAGAACGGAACAAGCCAGUCUUCGUUUCACAUCGAUACUCGAUCGUGUAUUGCGAACUUUCGAACCAACUCGUUUGUCGGUACAGAGGAGUAUAUUGCGCCCGAAGUCAUCAAGGGUAGUGGGCAUACCAGUGCGGUGGAUUGGUGGACGCUUGGCAUCCUGAUCUACGAAAUGCUAUACGGCACCACCCCAUUCAAGGGCAAGAACCGUAAUGGGACAUUUGCGAACAUUCUCAGGGAAGAUAUCCCGUUCCCGGAUUCGGCUGGCAGCCCUCAGGUCUCCAACCUAUGCAAGUCCUUGAUCAGGAAGCUUCUCAUCAAGGACGAACACCGAAGACUCGGUGCCAAAGCCGGCGCCUCGGAUAUUAAGGCACAUCCUUUCUUCCGAACCACGCAGUGGGCGCUGAUCCGGCACAUGAAACCACCCAUCAUCCCCAGCCAGGGCCGCGGUAUUGACACGGUUAACUUCCGUAACGUCAAAGAGAGCGAGAGUGUGGAUUUCACCGGAACUCGUCUGAUGAAUAUCAAGGGUGUUCCCUUGGACAGUGGACUGACCACUCCCGGCGGCGAAGUGGUAGACCCCUUUGAGGAAUUCAACAGCGUUACCCUUCAUCACGAUGGGGACGAUGUCCAUGGUCACGCUCACAGCUAUCACCACUAGUCAUAGUAUAACGCCCAAAAGCAAAUCUCCAGACUCGAUGCCCAAAGAAGGUUUUACAGUCAAAACCUCCCUGCAUGGUUCAGCACCGUUACGAAGAAAGUAAAAAUCAUCGUCCACCCAAGGCACUCUCUGCCCAGGGUAGGGGUCUGAUGUCUCCGAUUAUCUUUGGCUGUUCCUGAAGGCGAAAACGAAAAGGGAUU